CUAUCGGCCUAUUCGCCCACUUCCCCACCAGGCGUUGUAAUUCCGUACGGCACACCCAAAGCCUCUCUUUCUCUGUCUCUAAAAAAGAAAAAGUUCCUUCUCUCACUCCUAGUCGCCGGCGUCCUCGCCGGCAUCCGCAGCGAUCUAGCCGGCAGUCCUGAUCAAUUCGUAGAAUCUAUUCGUCGAUCGAUCUAUCUGUAUAAAUUUAUAUAGAUUACAUACCUAUCUGUCAAUUUUUAUACACUUAUUCUUCGAUGGAGGAUUGUGUGAGCAGCGACGAAGAUCGCUAUUAUUCUGAUCGAGAGUCGCUCGACGGACUCGAAAGGGAUGAAUCUGAUCUCCAGUGGGCCCCGCUGAAAGGUCCCUCUUGUAAGGUUAUAACGAGAGAGUCUCUUUUGGCUGCACAGAGGGACGACUUGCAGAAUGUGAUGCACCUGCUAUCACUGAGAGAGCACCAUGCACGGACUUUACUUAUUCAUUACCGUUGGGAUGUUGAGAAGUUGUUUGCGGUGCUUGUGGAGAAGGGGGAACGAUCGUUGUUCACUGAAGCAGGUGUUACUGUGGUUGAGCAUCAUGAUCUUGACUCAUCACCAAUGUCUUCUACAGUAUCAUGUGAUAUUUGCAUGGAUGAUGUGCCAAGCAAUGAGGUGACAAGGAUGGACUGCAGCCACAGCUUCUGCAAUAACUGCUGGACGGAGCAUUUUAUUGUGAAGAUAAAUGAGGGGCAAAGUAAGCGUAUCAGGUGCAUGGCGCACAAAUGCAAUGCUAUAUGUGAUGAAGUCAUUGUCAGAAAUUUAGUCAGUAAAAGGCAUCCUGAUCUGGCAGAAAAAUUCGAUCGCUUUCUUCUCGAGUCAUACAUUGAAGAUAACAAAAUGGUUAAAUGGUGUCCAAGUGUUCCCCAUUGCGGGAAUGCUAUACGUGUUGAGGAUGAUGAGUUCUGUGAGGUAGAAUGUUCAUGCGGUAUGCAGUUUUGCUUCAGUUGCUUAACAGAAGCACACUCACCUUGUUCAUGUAUCAUGUGGGAGCUUUGGACCAAGAAGUGCCGAGAUGAGUCAGAAACUGUUAAUUGGAUUACAGUUCAUACAAAGCCUUGCCCAAAGUGCCACAAACCUGUGGAGAAGAACGGUGGCUGCAACCUUGUGAGCUGUAUAUGUGGGCAAGCAUUUUGUUGGCUUUGUGGUGGAGCUACUGGUCGAGAUCAUACUUGGUCAAGUAUUGCUGGUCAUAGUUGCGGCCGCUACAAAGAAGACCGGGAGAAAAAAGCUGAACGUGCGAAGCGGGAUCUUUAUCGGUAUAUGCACUAUCACAAUCGUUACAAAGCCCAUACGGAUUCUUUUAAGCUUGAAAGUAAAUUGAAGGAGACUAUCCGAGAAAAGGUGUCAAAUUCAGAAGAGAAAGAAUCAUCUCUCAGAGAUUUCAGUUGGGUAACAAAUGGGCUCAAUAGACUCUUCAGAUCAAGGCGUGUUCUUUCAUAUUCAUAUCCGUUUGCAUUUUACAUGUUUGGAGAUGACCUAUUUAAGGAUGAGAUGACGAAUGAGGAGAGGGAAAUUAAACAACAUUUGUUUGAGGACCAGCAACAGCAGCUUGAGGCAAAUGUUGAGAAUCUCUCCAAGUGUUUAGAGGAGCCAUUUGAUCAGUUUACUGUGGAUAAAGUUAUGAACAUAAGGAUGCAAGUCAUCAAUUUGUCUGUCAUCGUUGAUUCUCUUUGUAAGAAAAUGUAUGAAUGCAUUGAGAAUGAUUUAUUAGGGUCUCUCCAGCUUGGUACCCACAAUAUAGCUCCCUACAGGUCAAAGGGUAUUGAGAGGGCAUCAGAACUGUCUGCUUGUGGGAGCACCAAAGCCAAUGAUACUGAUAAAUGUGUACCAUCAGAUUCAGGAACAAAUGGAGGAACGGAUGCUGACCGACCAUCAGGCUCUGGGAGCUCGGUUGAGAGUGGAUGUUCUCCUCGGAAACGUGCUAGAAGGGGGGGUCUCGGGGGCACCUUCUUCGACCUCAACUUUCCUCCUGAGCUUGCUGACAGGAAUGGCGAUAUUUAAAGCAGCCUGCUCACUGAUAGUUUUCCAAGUGUACAGCUCUAACUCAAAUGUGACGGAAGCCUCGUUCCCUUCACAAUGGAUCUCAAUUAUUUUGUGGACGACACCAAACUGCAAUAUCUUUUUCCCCUCUUAUCAUUAGUCCAUCCAGUCUCAUAUUCCUCAUUUUUGUUAGCAUACCCUGGCAAUGGCAGAUUAUGUUAGUAUUUUUUUUCCCUAUAUUUUUCCAUUUUCCUCCCUUCAGGAAUCCAUGUAUUGUACAUAAGCUGUUUAUCAGACUUACAUGCGUCAUUUAUAAAUAUAUAUAAUAUAAUUUAUAGUACAUGUAUCUGUAUAUUCUGCAAUGUACUUGAGGCUCCAGUUGAGAGCCCCAUUCUUGAUGCAUCUUUGGAUAGAACAGCAAAAAGUAUUUGCGGGAUGGUAUGAUAUUAUUGGUUCCUGUUUGGGUUUUAAA